AUGGAGGCUGUGGCGCGCUCUUGCGGCGAGGUGGAACCUGGGCGUGACAACGCAGGCGGCGACGAUGCGUGCGCUGCCGAGGUCGGCGUCGAGGCUCGUGCGGGCUCGUGCGGCGGGCCGGCACCGCGGGACGACCAGCGACGCGGUGGCGAUGUUUCAUCCGGCGAGGGUGCAGCCUCGAGGAACGGUAAGGCGAACACGGCGUUGGACGAUGCGAUUUCUGGGGACACGGCCGGUGACUGCGACGACAUUGAAGCAGAGGUCAGGAAGUCCUGGGAUCACGACAAUGCGGCGGCCGUGAAGAAAAGGAAGAAGAUGAGAAAUAGGAGGAACCGGAAGCACAGGGACAUGAGACUAACACCAAACGAAUCGGAGUCCGACACCGAGGUGGUCCGCACUCGUGACCUUGAGAGGGACAAGGCUGCCCUUGAAGCUGAGGUAGAUCGUCCCACGCAGGACACAUCGCAGCCUGCUACCCGCAUCAGCCAGCUGGAACGUGAGUUGGCAAACUUGACGGAUGCACAUGAAGGUCUCAUGCACGAGCACGACGUCUACAAAGCAAAGGCAACCACCAUGAUUACCGAAAAGGACCGCCACAUUUCCGACCUGAAAGUCAAGGUCCGUAAUCUGGAGAAACAGCUCGAACAGCAGCUGGAUGAGUCAUGGCAACAAUUCUUCGAGGCCCAGACAUCCUGGAGUGACAAACUCCACAUCUUUGAAGCUCAGAUCUUCAACAUGAACCGAAAGAUGGCCGAGGACUCUCUGCAGUACAGUCGCAUGGAGAGGCUGCUUGCAGAUGCUCAGCAGCGCCUCAUGGAUCAGCAGCACCAGUGUGCCAAGUUCGAGGAGCAAUCGCUGGAGCGGGACACUCAACUGGCAAACAUGCGGCGCAGCCAUGAAGAAGAGCUGCAGCGGCAACGCGCACUCCAGGACUCCCAGAUGGACGAGCUACGGAUUCAAGCGGCUCUUCUCCAUGCGCAGCUCGCCCAGGCCCAACAGGACCGCGACCGAGAGGCCAGUCAAGCGCAGCCAUUAAUUUUGAAACUGAACCGGAAGGAUGCAGAGUGCAAGAAGAACCAGGAGCAGAUCCAGGGGCUCGAGGAGGGCCAGAGGACUUUGUUGGCGCAGGUCUCCGAGCUAGACAAGCAGCUCAAUCUGGUGUCGGACUCUGAGACAAUCCUCAAGCACGGUCUGAAGAGGAGUGAGGCUGAGCUAGAGACCGUGUAG